UUUUUAGAAAAAUUAAUCUAUAAUUGUAAUUAAAAAAAUUCUGUCAUAAUAAUGUUUUUGUUUCAUAAUGAAAAUAAUUUUUUAUAAUCCAACAGAGAUGAAUUGAUGAAACGAAUUACUUCUCUCUCUGAAAUGAUGAUGUUACACCAAAUCCAACUAGAAGUGUAGUUAGUUAGUUUAUCACAUCACAUAAUUUGAAAUUUAGAAUUUAGAUGCAAAAUCACCAUUUCUUUCUUCGCUCUGAAUCCGAUCUAAUCAAGUUGGCGCCAUUUCCAUGGAUCGUCUUCUCAAAUCCGCCAGAUCAUCCGGUUCUCUCAACCUCUCCAACCGCUCCCUCAGUGAAGUCCCUGUUGAAGUUUAUCGCAAUCUCGAUGGAAUCGGUGGCGAUGAUGAUAAAUGGUGGGAGGCUGUGGAGCUUCAGAAACUCAUUUUGGCUCACAAUAGUAUUGAAUUGUUAAAGGAAGAUAUCAGAAAUUUAUCUUGUCUCGUUGUUUUGAAUCUUAGCCACAAUAGUCUUUCUCAGCUUCCUGCUGCCAUUGGAGAGCUACCAGAGCUGAAGAUGUUGGAUGUUUCGCAUAAUUUGAUAGUUAGAAUACCGGAGGAGAUUGGAUCAGCUGCGUCACUUGUGAAGUUUGAUUGUUCAAAUAAUCAGCUCACAGAACUUCCUAGUGAGCUAGGAAGAUGCUUGGCGUUGUCGGACUUAAAGGGAUCAAACAAUCUUAUUGCAAGCUUGCCAGAAGAUUUAGCAAAAUGUUCCAAAUUGUCUAAGCUAGAUAUGGAGGGAAACAAGCUUACAGUGAUAUCUGAAAAUCUCAUUUCAUCAUGGACAAUGCUUACAGAAUUAAAUGCAGCAAAAAACAUGCUGAAUGGCAUACCAGUCGGCAUUGGAGGCCUUUCACGUUUAAUUCGUCUUGAUCUCCAUCAGAACAGAAUCUCAUCAAUCCCUUCAUCAAUCAUUGGUUGUCAUUCACUUGCAGAGUUUUAUUUGGGGAAUAAUAAUAUUUCUACAAUACCAGUGGAGAUAGGAGAACUUUCUCGGCUUGGGACAUUUGAUCUUCACUCUAACCAGCUGAAGGACUAUCCUGUGGAGGCAUGCAAAUUGAGUCUUUUAGUCUUGAAUCUUUCAAAUAAUUCAUUGAGUGGGUUACCUCCUGAAAUGGGCAAGAUGACUAGCUUGAGGAAACUUCUGCUUAGCGGAAACCCAUUGCGGACUCUUAGAAGCUCAUUAGUCACUGGACCUACACCAGCAUUACUGAGAUUUCUCCGGAGUAGACUUUCUCAAGGUGAAGAUUCUGAAACUGCAACCACUUCAAAAAAGGACAUAAUUGCAAUGGCUACCCGAUUAUCUAUUUCUUCAAAGGAACUUUCUAUGGGAGGGUUAGAGUUGAGUGCUAUUCCAUCUCAAGUAUGGGAAUCCGAGGAGGUCAUAAGACUUGAUCUUUCCAAAAACUCAAUCCAGGAGUUGCCGGUUGAACUUUCUUCCUGUGUUUCCCUCCAGACAUUGAUUUUAUCGAAGAAUCAAAUUAAAGACUGGCCAGGUUCAGUUCUUAAAUCACUUUCGAGUCUUUCAUGUUUGAAGCUGGACUACAAUCCCCUCAGACAGAUACCUUCCAAUGGUUUUGAAGCGGUGCCUAAGCUUCAGAUCCUGGAUCUAAGUGGUAAUGAAGCUUCAUUACUAGAUGGCCCUUCAUUUUCUAGUUUGCCAAACCUUCAAGAGCUAUACCUGAGAAAAAUGCGUCUCACUAAAGUCCCGUCAGAUAUAUUGGGGUUGCAUCAACUACGGAUCCUUGACUUGAGUCAGAAUUCCCUUCAAUCAAUUCCAGAGGGGCUAAAAAAUAUCACUUCUCUCGUGGAGCUUGACCUAUCUAAUAACAACAUCUCAUCCCUUCCACCUGAGCUGGGCCUGCUGGAACCAAGCCUUCAGGCAUUGAGACUUGAUGGGAACCCACUUAGAAGCAUUAGGAGGACUGUCUUGGAUAAAGGAACUAAAGCUGUUCUGAAAUAUUUGAAGGACAAAUUGCCAGAGGAGUAGUUUAGUUUUUUUUUUUAUAUAUUUCCCGAAUGUAAUACUUGGACAUGAACUAAAGCUGUAUUAAUUUGAUUUUUAUAUUUAAAGCUUUUUUAUUUUUUGGUGCCUAAAUAUGCAUGACUUGAUUAUUAUGUAUAUGUGUGCAUGUACAAGGGGAGGGUGUUUUCUAUCUGUAUGGUGGUUGUAAUUAUAACACAUA